AUGACUACAACAAAUACAUCUAUAUUUGGUCCAAGAGUGAAUAAUAGUAAAUUUAAUAAUAAUAAUAAUAAUAAUAAUAAUAAUAAUAAUAAUAAUAACAAUACUAGUAACAAUAACAAUAGUAAUAUAAUCAAACCACCACAAGUAGUACAAGAAACCCAACAACAACAACAAGCCCAACAACAACCAUUACAAACAAAUGAAGAGGUUUGUGUUAUUUGUAAAUCAAAGAAUGUUCAAGUUUGUACUGGUUGUUUAAUGGUUUAUUAUUGUGGUGCAGAACAUCAAAAUAUAGAUUGGCCAAAUCAUAAAUCUUUAUGUUCUGGAUUAAAUAGAAGAAAUGAUCUAUUAGAUAGAGCAGAGAAAUCAAAAGAUUUAAGAAAGAAAUUACAAUCUGAUAUUUUUUCAAGUGGUAAUAGAGUAUCAAAUAGUAAUAAUAAUAGUAGCAUAUAUAGUAAUAGUACAGGUAAUAUUAAUAACAAUAACAAUAGUAAUAAUAAUAAUAUUAAAGGUGGUAUUGGUGGUGGAGCUGUAACUAAUAGUAGUACUGUUAUGGCACCUGAAAGGAAAUCAAUCGCUAUUUCAAAUAUAAAACAUUUACAACAACAAAUACAACAAACACAACAAACACAACAACAACCACCACCAACUACAACAUCAAUACCAACACAACCUAAUUCAUCAAGUUUUAAUAAACCAACAGCAAAGAAACCUGGAACAUCAUUUAAAUCAUCGUCAUCAGGUGAUAAUACACCAAUUAAUCAAUCACCAUCAUCGUCAUCAUCAUCAUUAGUAUCAUCAACUAACAAUAAUAAUAAUAAUAAUAAUAAUAAUAAUAAUAAUAAUAAUAUUAAUAGCAAUAGUAAUAAUAUGAGUGGAAGUAGUGGUGGUAUAAAAGCACUUCAAAAUCAAUUACAAAAUUCUAUAAAUAAUAAACCAUCGAAUACAACAUCAAAUUCACCAAAUCCUUCACCACCAUCUUCAACAUUUGUACCAAAUAGCAAUAAUAAUAGUAAUAGUAAUAGUAGUAGUGGUAGUGGUAAAUCAAAUUUAAAUAUAUCAUUAAAAUCAUCAACAUCAUCCUCACCUGUAACAUCAACUUAUUUAUAUAACAAUAACAAUAGCAAUAGCAAUAGUAAUAGUAAUAAUAGUUCAACCGAAACUACAACUUGUAUCAGUAGUAAUAGUAAUAAUAGUAGUAAUAUAGAAAAUUCUGAUAAUACCAAUGAAGAAAAUGGUAUGAAAAAUAUAAAAAAUAAACUAAGUCAAAUUAAUUUUGGUGCACCACCACCAUCAUUUAAAAAACCGACUUCCAAAGUUAUUGAAAAUGAAGACAAUAAUAAUAGUAAUAAUGAUGGUACAUUAAAACAAUCAUCAUCGAGCGAUUCAAUUUAUUUCAAUAAUAAUAAUAAUAAUAAUAAUAAUAAUAAUAAUAAUAAUAAUAAUAAUAAUAAUAAUAAUAAUAAUAAUAAUAAUAAUAAUAAUAAUAAUAAUAAUAAUAAUAAUAAUAAUAAUAAUAAUAAUAAUAAUAAUAAUAAUAAUAAUAAUAAUAAUAACAAUAGUAAUAAUAAUAAUUUUGAUAUUAAUAAUAGUAAUAAUAUAAUAAAUAAUAAACAAUCAACAUGUUCAUCAAUUGACGGUUUAAGUUAUAACAAUAAUAAUAGUGGAUCAUCAUUAAAGAAUUCUGUACCACCAACUACUAGUAAUACACCACCAAGAAAACGUAGUAGUGGUGGUUCUAGUAGUAGUAAUAAUAGUAAUAUAGGUAGUAAUGGUAAUAGAAUUGGUUUCAUAAAAGAACAUAAAAAGAAUCAAUCCCUACCAGAUAGUUUUGUUGAUUUUUAUCAAAGUAAUAAAAAUCAAAGUAAUGGUUAUGAAAGUUUAUUAGAUAAUGACGAUAAUAAAACACGUGGAUAUGGUAGUUUUAAUGAAAAUGAUGAUAGUCAUGAAGAAUGUGAUGAUGAUGAUGAUGAUGAUGAUGGUGGUGGCCAAGAUGGUGAUGAUGGUUUAGAUGGUACUGAAUUUAAGAGAGGUAGAAAUAGGCCAACAGGUUUAAGAACUAAUAAUAAUGCAGUAUUUGAAUGGGAGAGUGGUACAAUUGAAUAUUCAACAAAUAAUACUAGUCAACAUAAAAAAUUGGGUGUAGGUUCAAGAGGUGGUAAUUCAUUUUCAAAAGAUACUCAAAGUCAAUCAACAAACAGCACUACUACUGAUGAUCAUCAAACAGGUUCAAUAUUAAAUUCAAAUUCAGGUUCAUCAGAUGAUUUACAACAACAACAAACCCAAACCCAACAACAACAGUCACAAUUAUCUGCUGGUGUUGGAAGAAUUGCAGGUAAAUUUAGAAUGAUUGGUGGUGAUAUUAAAAAGAAAGCAGCAAUCGUUGGUACUUUAACUAAAAAUAAGGUAUCCGAAGUUACAUCAAAAUCAAAAUCAUCAACAAGUGUAAAUAAUAAUAAUAAUGAUGAAGUUGAUCAUAAUGAAAAUAAUAAUAAUAAUAAUAAUAAUAUAAAUAAUAAUAAUAAUAAUAAUAAUAAUAAUAUUGAAAAUAUUAUAUUUGGAAUACCAUUAGAAGAAGCAGUUAAAAAAUCAGCAACAUUACAUCCAUUAAUACCAGAUGUAAUUUAUAAAUCAAUUGAAUAUAUUAGAGAGAAAGGUAUUCAAGAAGAGGGUAUAUUUAGAUUAAGUGGUAGUGCAAAUGCAAUCACAUUGUUAAAGAAUGAAUUUGAUCGUGGUGUUAAUGUUGACCUUUAUCAACAAUUGGAUCAGCAUGUUGUAUCUGGUAUUUUGAAAUUAUAUUUACGUCAAAUUCCAGAGACUUUAUUCACUCAAGACUUUGGUGAAGAAUUAGAAGAACUACGUGUAGGUGGUAAUUCAUCCGACGCAAUAUCUAAACGUAUUGCUGGAUCAAUUAUUUUAUUACAACGUUUACCAGAAUCAAAUAGAUGUAUACUACAUUAUCUUUGUAAUUUAUUGAAUGCUAUCUCUUUUGAACCUUCAACUAAAAUGGGUACUGUAAAUUUAGCCAUUGUUUUCGCUCCAACUUUAGGUGUCUCUGUUGAAGUCAUGACUUGUUUAAUCUCUUAUUAUGAUGAAAUAUUUGGUAUUCAAACUUAUAAUUAUAAUUCUUAA